UGGUCCAAUAAUUAUGUCUCAGAUUGAGAAUGAGUAUGGACCUGUGGAAUGGGAGAUUGGUGCUCCUGGAAAGGCUUACACAAGUUGGGCUGCUCAAAUGGCGGUAGGUCUAGACACCGGCGUACCUUGGGAUAUGUGCAAGCAAGAAGACGCCCCUGAUCCCGUUAUUGACACUUGCAAUGGAUAUUAUUGUGAAAACUUCACUCCCAAUGAGAACAAUAAACCCAAAAUGUGGACCGAGAAUUGGUCCGGAUGGUACACUGAUUUUGGUAGCGGUAUAUCUCAUAGACCGAUCAAAGAUUUGGCAUACUCAGUUGCAAGAUUCAUACAAAAUCGCGGCUCCUUUGUUAACUACUACAUGUAUCAUGGAGGGACUAAUUUUGGUCGAACAUCGAGUGGUCUUUUCAUUGCAACAAGCUAUGAUUAUGAUGCUCCUAUUGACGAAUAUGGACUUGUGAAUGAACCAAAAUGGGGACAUUUGAGAGACUUGCAUAAGGCAAUAAAACAGUGUGAGCCAGCUUUGAUUGCUGUGGAUCCUACGGUCACAUAUUUCGGGAAAAACCUCGAGGAACAUGUGUACUACAUAAGUAGUAGUGUUUGUGUUGCAUUUCUUGCAAAUUAUGACACGAAAUCGGCUGCAACGGUUACGUUUGGAAAUAGCCAUCAUGACCUUCCACCUUGGUCUGUCAGCAUUCUUCCUGAUUGCAAAACCGAAGUUUUCAACACUGCAAAGGUUGGUGUGCAAAGCAUCAUAAAAACGAUGACUCCGACAAACAUUACAUUUGAUUGGCAAUCAUAUACCGAAGAUCCCGCCUUCUCUAGUGAAGACGAUUCUGUCACAGCAGAAGCACUUUGGGAGCAGAUCAACGUUACUCGCGAUUCUUCAGAUUAUUUGUGGUAUUUGACAGAUGUCAACAUUAGUCCUAAUGAAAGUUUUAUAAAGAACGGUCCGUCUCCUAUUCUGACCGCAAACUCAGCAGGUCAUGUUCUACAUGUUUUUGUUAAUGGACAACUUUCAGGAACUGUAUAUGGAGGAUUGGAUAAUCCUAAGUUAACAUUUAGUGAAAGUGUGAACCUAAAAGUUGGCAAUAACAAGAUUUCUUUACUUAGUGUUGCCGUCGGUCUUCCGAACGUUGGCUUGCACUUUGAAACAUGGAAUGUUGGAGUGUUAGGACUUGUAACAUUGAAGGUCUAA